AUGUCUCCUCUCCCUCAGCACCUGCAACUCUUCAACCCGAUUAUAGGCCAUGGCCCUGAGCAAUCUUUCCCUCAGUUCUCCAAGUUUCCUAAUGAAAUUCGUGUCCACAUUUUCAAGCUGUCCCUGCUCCGCGAACGAUUCUUUCAAGCCUGGAUCGAACGAGAUGACCUGCUCGUUGGAUCCAAGGACCACAUCGGCGGAAACAGCUACAUUGUCAAUGUCCAGGGACGCAACCUCCAUAGCAAACUUCUUCGUGUCAACAGAGACGCGAGGCACGCUGCCUUGGCCUUCUACCGAUUGCACAUUCCAUGUCGACAUGAGUGGUGUGGCGUCACUCAGAGCAUGGGCUAUCUCUACGUCAACCCAGAGAGAGAUAUCAUCCGCAUAGGCUUUCUGCCACCGCACGCCGGGCCAUCAAUCCCCCUUCCCCAUGUCCGAAAGCCGUGCAUUGUGGACUUCCUUCUGGAUUCCCAAAGACGUGAUCCCCAUCACAUUGGGCUGGAGAAGAUUGCACUUCCAACAGAUGCUGCCCGACAACUUAUAUCUGAAGAUAUGGAAGUGGACGAUCCCGAAUCUCGCGAGCUCGUCGCCCGGGCCUUCUCCAACGUGAAGCAUAUCUUCUUCGUCUGCCUCGAACAAAACGAGCGUCUGUGCUUGCCAUAUGAUCCGACCGCUACGCCUAUGGCUCCUUGGCAGUUCUCUCGCUCCCGCCCGCUUCUCGGGUCAAAUUCUGGGUUUACUCGGCUUCCCCGUGAUCCCCGUCCUAUCUCGUCGGAUUUGAAAUUCAUAUUUCCAGGAUGCAUCAUGCCUAUACAAUCCGUGUACAACUGGUUCAGACUCAUGGCAGACUGGGGCUGCCCUGGCAAAGAUGGGAGCGCCGAGUAUCAUUAUAUGGUCUCACAGUUCAGCAAUCGCGCAAACGUUUACGAUGCCCCCGUAAUCAAAAUGACGACUCCAAUUCAAAAUGGGCGAGGCAGAGGCCAUAUCUUCCGGUCAAUUUUCCAAACUGCCACGGGAUCAACAGGCAUCGUCGAUAGAGCUACCGCCGCGAAAUUCGCAAGCAGCCCUAUCAGCUUGCGUCUAGCAAAUCAAUCAGGGUUUCCAGCCGCGUUGGGACGUAUAACAGAGACUGCUACACUCGAUCACGUGAAGAACCCAGAACGCUUACCGAAGCUUGCCAUUGGCUUCUGGGUGUUUCCGCUUGAAGCUUUGGGGGACUUACCUGAACUAGGAGUAUCUAGGGAUGAUCCAAGGCGGUCUUCAGCCAGGACAAUAGACAUGUCGGACUUCCCUCCGGAGCUUUACCUAGCAGAUCUGUCUUAG